AAUUAACAAACACACAUUGGCCUGCCUUUAACUUUAAGUAACAAACACAUAAAGAAUAAAGUUGACUAUUUGUUACAUACCACUUUUAUAAUUCAAUUUGUUCCCAUAUUCUUAGCAAUAUAUCACAACAUACAGUUUAUGAUUUUCUUACACAACCCAGAAACUCUGCUGCUUCAAUUUGUUCCCAUAUUGUUAUUCAGGUGAUCUUUUACUUGCAGCAACAACUUAGAAGAUUUGAUGGCAUCAAGGAUGUUACACAACGAUCUGCUGGAGGAAAUUUUAUUAAGGCUGCCAGCCAAGUCUUUGCUCAGAUGCAGGUGCGUUUGUUGGUCUUGGAAUUCCCUUAUUAUCAGUCCGAAAUUCAUCUUGGCGCAUGUUUACCAGAACAACGAGGCCAAAAAGUAUCAUGUCCUGCUGCGAAGUUUUGGUAAUGCAAACAAAAAGGUGAGGUAUAAACUGUGCCAUGAUAAUGAAAAUUUGGAUGAGAUCAUGACAAUUGAUUUCCCAUUUGUGAGUCAACAUAAUGAUUUCUUUAGAAUGUUGGGUUCUGUGAAUGGACUAGUAUGCUUGUCAGAUGAUAUUGUUGAAGCAACAGAUACCUUAAUCUUAUGGAAUCCUGUGAUUAGGAGAUAUUUAACCCUUCCCAAACGCGAACUAGAUGCUGAAUCAACUUAUUUGGGGAGAUCAGUUUUUGGUUUCGGCUUUGACUCCUUUAGCAAUGAUUACAAGGUUAUCAAGAUUGUGUACCGUAAGAAUCCUGAUUUUGAAGCUCUCCAAGUUGAGGCCUCAAUUGCUAUUUUUAGACUUAGCUCAUGUUGUUGGGGGCUUAGUGAGUCUACUUCAAUCCCUGUGCUUGAUACUCGCCAAGCGUAUGUAAAUGGAAUUAUUCAUUGGUUGGCAUACAACAAACUAAUUGUGGGGUUUGAUUUAAAAACUGAGGCAUUCAUAGAUAUGAUGCUUCCCAAAACCUUGCAAAAUUCCAACAUUAGUGAUUUAACAAUCGCCUCAUGGUGUGACUUGCUCUCUGUCUUUGAAAAUGGGUACUGGUCUGGGAAGCUUUGUUUGUGGGUGAUGAAAGAUUAUGGUGCACCUGAUUCAUGGGCCAAACAGUUUGUCAUCGAAACGUUUGCAAUCGUUAGAAGUCUUAGAAGGAAUGGCUGUGUUAUACUAGAAAAUAUCGGUGAGAAGUUAGUUUUAUAUAAUGCAAAGACCAACCAAUUUGAGGAAUUCAAAACCCAUGUUGAGGGUUCUAUACGAGGUUUUCAUAUGAAAUCUUACAUAGAGAGCCUAGUCUUAUUAGAUAAGGUUGAUGCACAAUUCGUUCCCUAGAAUUCACAUGUUUAACGUUGGAUGAUGAAGCGAUUCGAAGAAAUAUAAAGCAUGGAAUGGCUACUCAGUAUCCAAAACUUCUUCAGGAUAAUUAUCAUGAUCAGUUGUAGCUUCAAACCUGCUAAUGAAGAUAAUAUGUGUAAAUUUUAAGUUCUUUUGGGUUUGUGUGUAUAUGUAUGCGUGUUCGUAGUUUUCUUCCUGUUGUAAAAUGUUGAAUCUAGAACUGUUUUUGAAACUACCUGUUGUAAAAUGUUGAAUCUAGAACUGUUUUUCUACUUUCUAAUGGAGAUGUUGAACUUAUAUUACAGACUUA